ACUUGCGACGACCCAUUUCAGUCACGUGAAGCGAAUUCUGGGACUUACAGGAUACAGCAAACGAAAAAACGCACGUGCGACUACCUCCUGUCUGGGAUGAAUGGCCGAUGAUGAUGAAUAAGCAUGAGUUGAUUGUUUACAUGCACCGUGCGCAGCCUGCAAGAACAUUUGGAAAGAAUGUCAGUGGUACGGGCGGUCAAGAUGGUGGGACUUGGGGCUAUGGUCUUCGUGCUGAGUGUGGAGUGGAUAGGCUGGUGCCUCCGUUGGCUCAGGCACAGUCGUGGCUCCCAGGGGCCCCUGAAAGAGGUGAUCUUCUUUCCAUCAGAAAUGGCCUGCGUGGAGCAUCUCUUCACACCCUCCUUGUUCCCCUGCACCUGUCCGCUUGCCCACGGCAUGGAGACCUCCCUCUCUCGCCUCCUCCGCCACAUCCUGUCUGCCACCACAACCCUGGACUUGUGUGUGUUUGCCUUCUCUAACCAGGAGCUCAGUCGUGCGGUACUAACCCUGCACAGCAGAGGCCUGGCCAUCCGCGUCCUCACCGACAAGGAUUACACACUCAUCACUGGCUCCCAGAUAGGUGUCCUCCGCAGAGCAGGCAUCUGUGUGCGUUGUGACUCUGGUUCUGUGCACAUGCACCACAAGUUUGCGGUGGUGAAUGGACUGCGUCUGAUCACGGGUUCCCUCAACUGGACCCUCACCGCCAUCCAGAGCAACAAGGAGAACGUUCUGGUGACAGAAGAACCUGACCUGGUCCGACCCUAUCUCAGAGAGUUUGAGAGGCUGUGGGACACCAACGAUCCGGCCCACCGCCACCCGGCCUCCAUCUCAGAGAAACCGUCUAGCUUGUUUGUCUAGGUUUAAAUGGCUGACUCAUCUGUAGCUUUCAUAUUCAGGCUAGUCAUACAGUAGGACAUUGAUUGUUGUUUUUGUCCUCUGGUUCUCUAGUAAUUUAGUCAUGGAUUUUGUUCAAAUGUUUCCAAUGGGGUAUUGAUGUUGACGAAGGAUACUUUGUAAAUUUUAUUUGCCAGGUUGUUUAUCAUAUGAAAACGUUUUAGAUUGUGUUAGUUCUUGUUUUAUUGUGGCGCUAAGAACUAAGUCUUACCAAAACCAGAAUUGUGUUUGACUGAAAUUAAUUUGAAAUCAGUCAAUCUUUCAAAAAAUGCUAACCUUAGACGACUGCAAUAUGUGUAAGCAGGGAUUUCGAUGAUUUGUAGUGGUUUACGCCACGCAAUUCUCCAAUAAACUCCCCACUUUCAUCCACUCAGCUGCAAUUUGGCAGGCCUUCUGCAAUUCGAUGCCCAAGGGCAAUACAACCCCAUGCUAGUACAUGAUUUACACAGCUGGCCUGCCAGCCCUUAUUGCUCAGUAUUGGGAAAGGUUGCCUUGUUCUUUUUUUACUAAGUCUAUCUCGUUUCGGAGAAUAUGGAAAGGGGGUACUUACUAAAUGGACUAUCAGAAGUGGUAUUUAAGCAAGAAUGUAAAAAAAAAUGUUUCUCAGAUUUGUUACUUUUAUUGUGCUCCAUUUUGAAAAGGAAAUUGAUUUAG